UUCUUCUCGUUCUUCUCCAUCCACGAUUUUUGAAUUUUGUUGUAUUUAUCUGCUAUUCAAAUUGUACCUAUUUAUGGGUUGGUGAAUUUUGAAUUUUUCUUUUUUUAUUUUGUUUAAAAGGAGGUUUCUUGGUAUAAUCCGAUUUGAAAACUUAAGUUCGUUCAAAGUUUUGGAGAAAGGUUGAAUGGUUUUCUUUUGCAGGGAUGAUGGGUUUGGUUUCUGAAAAAUUGAGAAAAUUUUGAAGAACUCUCGACAACUGCCACAGUUUUUGCCAAUGUACAAGUUCGUAGGCGCGAAGUAUAAAUUUCCAAACAACAAUUCUCGCUGCCAGAUGCUGAUGUUUAUCUACACUACACAAUCACGAAUCACCGUUCAGUUGAUCAGAAUCUAGCAGCAAAUCUCUGUGAACCCACAACCAUGUCGGAUCACAAGGUCACUAUAAUCGACGGCAAAGCAGUCGCCCAAACAAUCCGAUCGGAGAUCGCUGCCGAAGUCCGCCGCCUCUCCGAAACGUUUUUGGAGUUGAUUUCAGGUUCCUGGUCUAGCUGUUGUGAUUGUGGGGCAAAGGAAGGAUUCACAGAGCUAUGUGAAUAUGAAAAGGAAAGCUUGUGCAGAAGUUGGAAUCAAGUCGAUUGAUUUGGACCUACCAGAGAAUGUAUCCGAAACUGAAUUGAUUAGCAAAGUUCAUGAACUGAAUGUAAAUCCUGAUGUUCAUGGUAUACUGGUUCAGCUCCCGUUGCCUAAACAUAUAAACGAAGAGAAAAUUUUAACUGAGAUAUCCCUGGGAAAGGAUGUCGACGGAUUUCAUCCUCUGAACAUUGGUAAGUUAGCAAUGAAAGACAGAGAUCCUCUGUUUGUCCCGUGCACCCCAAAGGGUUGCAUCGAGCUUCUAACCCGCCAUGGCAUUACUAUUAAGGGAAAGAAUGCUGUUGUGGUAGGCCGGAGUAACAUAGUUGGUUUGCCGGUUUCCCUGCUCCUCCUAAAGGAAGAUGCUACUGUCACUAUAGUCCAUUCUCGUACCAAAGAACCCGAGAGCAUUGUUCGAAAUGCUGACAUUAUCAUCGCUGCUGCAGGACAAGCAGCAAUGAUCAAGGGCAGUUGGAUCAAACCCGGUGCUGCAGUAAUCGAUGUGGGAACCAAUGCUGUGGAUGAUCCUAGUAAGAAAUCUGGUUAUCGGCUUGUUGGGGAUGUAGAUUUUCAGGAAGCAUGUAAGACGGCCGGAUGCAUAACUCCGGUUCCCGGUGGCGUCGGGCCGAUGACAGUUGCCAUGUUGCUAAAGAACACUUUGGAUGGAGCUAAGAGAGUAAUAGAGGGUUAGUGUCUCAUUUCAUUUGCCGAACAAUAAUAAAAUAUUUUGCGAUGUUAUACUGGGUGGAUUUCGUAGGUGUGGUAUCCCUUGUCAAAAUACAGGGUGUGCGUAAACGGAGUGUGGGUAUUAUACACGAUAUAUUUCAUCUGGUGUAGCAUGUAAGACAUAGUCUUUAGUAAUCUUUUUGCAUUUCUUCAAACUUUUGUGAGUUGCAUUGUAUUGUAUGGUAUCCUUGUUUAAGGCCUAAUAUAUUUUCUUCAAUAUUUAAUUUCCCACAAAAA